AUGGCAUCUUCCGCGAUCACGCUGCUCGCCGCCCUGGCCGCCAUCGUCGCCGUGGCAGCUCUGCUCCCGGCGACGGCCUCCGCAGCGUCGUACACUGUCGGGGACAGCUCCGGCUGGGACCUCGGGAUCGACUACGGCGCCUGGGCCGACGGCAAGAAGUUCAGAGUCGGCGACACGCUCGAGUUCCUCUACUCGUCGGGGGAGGGCGACCACGACGUGGUAGUGGUGGACGAGCGGAGCUUCGCCUCCUGCUCCGUGCCGGGCAACGCGCCGACGUUCACCAGCGGCGACGACAAGCUGUCGCUGACGAAGGCCGGGAAGUGGUUCUUCAUCUGCGGCGUCGAGGGGCACUGCCAGGGCGGCAUGAAGCUCGCCGUCAACGUCCACUGA